CUUUCAGCCAAUCACAUGGGCCCUCAGCCUCCCAGCGGGCUAACCUAAAGUUAGCUAGUUCAAUUUAGCUAGCUAGCUACGACAACCAAAGAAAAGUCAUUCUCAAAGAGGAAGAAGUGAAUUGGGGAACAAGGGAGUGGUUUUGGAUAGCCUCCGUGUGUUUUGCUCUUCAAAGAGUUGUGUGUCUUUCUAUGAGAACAUAUUCGGAAUCAAAAUGCUACAAAGAUCCCCUUUAGCCAGUCAACCUGGGGUCUUCAAGAACCAAUUCAUACACUGACCAUCAAUGAAACCUGCUGUGUACAUCGGAGGCGCUCCUAGGGUAUUUGCCAGUGCGCACCACAGUAUCUCUUCCCGUCACACUGUCCGGACUGUUGCUGCGGCCGGAGCACCUGCAUGCGCGGUGGGAGGAGGGAAAACAAGGACGAAGAAGAAGUGCGUAAGGGACAUUUGAGAGCGGAGGGAGGAGAAGGGGCUGGGCCGGCGGGAGGAGCGCACCAUGGCCUCAAAGGAGACCACAGCGGCGGGCUUCGUCAACGUCAGCAGAGAAAUCACAGAGAGCAUCAGGAAGGUGCUGGACAAGCAGGCCAUUAAGUUUGUGCGAGCCAUCAAGCAGGACACCAGGAGCGGCAAAACAGAGGACAGGAUUCUGGUCCUGGCAACAUGGAGACUGUAUCUCUUUGCUGUCAAAGUGCCCACCAAGAUGGAGGUCACCUUCAACUUCCUGGAAAUCCGAGCAAUGAACACUUACCCAGAACACCAGGUUGUCAUCGAUACAGACAAGACCACCUACUCGCUGAGAAUACAGACCCAGGACCAGCUGGAUCACAUGGUCAGCCACAUCAACUACGCCCUCUCCCGGGUCUUCAACAACUCCAUUUAUGCUCCUCCUAUUUGUCGAGUAGAGGGAGACCUGAGUGAAGGAAGUCACAAGUUUUCACCAAACUCUGAAUCGUCAUUGGAGCCCCAGAAAACAUGCGGAGGUUUUUCUGAAACCUAUGCUGCUCUUUGUGACUACAACGGAAUUGGCUGCAAAGAAGAAGUGCAGUGGGAUGUUGACACCAUCUACCACUCUCAGGACAACAGGGAGUUCAAUUUACUGGAUUUCAGCCAUCUUGACAGCAGGGACUUGGCGGUGAUCGUGGCAUCCAUUGCGUACAACACCUGGUUCACCAAGCUGCACUGCAAAGACAUGCGCAUAGGGUCGGAGGUGGUGGACCAGGUCCUGCACACAGUCAGCAAGUCCAACAGUCUGGAGGAGCUCACUUUGGAGAAUGCAGGACUGAAAUCGGAUUUUCCGCAGAAGAUGGCGUCAGCGCUGUCAGAGAACCCAGCCUCUGUGAUUCACUCUCUCAACCUGGCUCACAACACGCUAGACAACCAAGGAGUCUCCAACCUGAUUCAACAAGUGUGUCGCCUCAACAAGGGACUGCGUCUCCUCAAUCUCUCCAAGACCUCUCUUUCCUCCAAAGGUGUGGUUACUCUGUCCCAGGCGUUGUGUUCAAGUGACGACUACUCCAAUUCUCUGCUGCAUCUGGACCUCAGCAAAAACCCUGGGGUUCUGUCUGGAGAGGAUGCCACGAACCUGUACCUGUUCCUGGCCCAGCCCAACUGCCUGGUCCACUUGGACCUGUCUGGGACAGACUGCACCGUGGACUCGUUGUUUGGGGCCUUGCUGCGAGGCUGCUGUGCUGACCUCUCCUACCUGAACCUCUCCAAGAACUCCUUCUCUCACAGGAAAGCGAGAGAUUCUCUGCCAACUUUCCGCCAGUUCUUCAGCUCUGCAUUCAGCCUGACCCAUGUCAGCCUGGCCUCUGUGAAAGUCCCUCCUGAUUCACUGAGGGCUCUGUUCUUAGGUCUGUCCAAUAACCCUCAUAUCACUGAUUUACACCUGGACAUCGGCAGCUGUGAGUUGAGGUCAGCAGGUGCUGGGGUGAUUCAGGAGCUGUUUCCUCGAGUUUCAUGUGUGGGGACUUUAGACAUCUCUGAUAAUGGUUUGGAUGCUGACUUGCUGGCCGUCAUCCCAGCGUUCUCCAGACACCCCUCCCUCAAACACCUGAUGCUGGGGAAGAACUUCAACAUCAAGGGCAGGGUGCUGGAUGAAAUUCUGCAGAAACUGGUUCACUUGGUGCAAGAGGAAGAGUGUGCCCUGCAGUCCCUCUCCCUGGCUGACUCGAGGCUUCGCCAGAGGGGCACGGUGCUGGUCAACGCCCUGGGCUCCAACACCUGCCUUCGGAAGGUAGACUUAAGCGGCAAUCUCCUGGAGGACUCCGGGGCCAAGAUGCUCAGCAAAGCCCUGCAGAUCAACACAACACUCAGGAGUGUGAUGUGGGAUCGCAACAACACCACAGCGACAGGCUUCCAAGAUGUGGCGAGAGCACUGGAGCACAACUUUACUCUUCAGUACAUGCCCCUCCCACUCAGUGAUGUCACUCAGGCAUACCGCAGCGCCCUGGAAAAGACGGACCAAGCCAUGACCAAGAUCCAGCGUGCCCUGCUUAGGAACAACCAGACUCAGCGUUUCUCUCAGAAACAAGCUCUCAGGCUGCACCAAGGCCUUGUCACCAGCACUGCCGAACAGGUGAUGGAACGUCUGUGUGUGCGGGUGCAGCAGCAGGUGUGUGUCCUGAAAGGCUGCGAGGAAGGAGAGGAGGUCCAGACGGCCAGACAAAUCCUCAAAGAAGCCAGGGAUUCAAGAGCUCUGUAUCCCUCUCUGUGUGAGUUGGCCCAUGUGUUGUCAGUGGACGGCCCCGUCAAACAGCGACUGGACACCCUGGCUGGAGAACUGGCUAAGGCUGCGGACAAAGAGCUGCAGGUGGUGGUGGACUCGAUGGUGUCCCUGUGCCGCGAGCUGUGUCCAAUGUCCUGCUCGGCCGCCGAGAGACUCACCCCGCCUCUCUCGUCCAUCUCCGAACAAGUUUCGAUCCCUCGCUCCGCCAUCCGCAACGCCCUCAUGGAGAGAGCGGCUGAGGAUAUCAACAGAGCCUUGGAGGAGGUGAAGUUGUCUGUGGUCUCCUAUCUGACCAACUCCAUAGUGGAUCAGAUUCUACAAGAGCUGUACAACACCCAUAAAACCCUGGUACUGCUGCGGCAGGUGUCUCAGGCAAAGCGUUGGGAUGACGGGACGGGCAGACGCACUAUCAGACAGUCCAGAUUAGUCGAGUCUCUGGAAUUUCCUGAUGAGGACUAUGGCGUUAACCUGGGAAUAGACACAAUUGCCAUUAAGAAGCGGACCUCGAGAACUAGAAGAAUUCGUCCCGUCUCCACCAGACCGAGUCUAGGUGAUGAGCCCAGUCCCUCUCCUACCCCUUCUGCUCCACCGCACUCUGCCCCUCUUACUCACUCGGCAUCAUGGGAGUGUCUGUCCACCCUCCCCACCAACGGCUCGCCCUUGCGUCACGUGACCCACGUCAGGCCUCGCCCACCACGGAGACACAGAGCAGGGCACCCUCCCCCAGAAUCUCAUUGCUCGGAGAACGGAGGAGUCAAUAUGCUGGAAGAUGGACUACCUGAUUUUUACAGCAAGAGAGUUCUACCUGACAGUCAGUUGUCAUCCCUCCAUCAGGGCCAGUCGCUGAGGAGAAAGAAGAGACGAAGCGUGUUGUCCAUUUUCUCUGGCUUCCGCAAGAACCGCAGCUCCACCAUCUCUAAUCAGGACUCAGACAGCGCCUCAGAGAACGUCUAUUCGAUGAUUCAGCAAACAGGGAGGCCAGAGAGCACUGUUCCUGGAGCAAACGGGACCAUGCCUUCAACUCGGCCCAUGCAGGGUGUACCUGUGCAUGGGAUGAGGGCUGCCAGCCCCUCCUGCCUCAUCCAGAGACAGUCCACAGACCUGGUCAGCAUGGUGUACAGCUGCAUCGGGGCAGAAAUCGAGGACUCGGAUGUGAGCAGCACCUGUGACAUCAAAGAGACAGACCAAGAUACUGACGGGUCGACCACCAUCUCAGAUGUCCCUGCAGAUCCUCGGAGUAACGGCCACGUGGUGUCCUCCAAACAACAGACGGACAGACAGAUGGAGACGGGCACGCAGGAGAGGAUCGUACCCCUGACAGACUCACAGGCUGACAUGGAGGAGGACAGACAGAGCGGCGGUGGAAGCAUGGCCCCCUGUGGGCCGAGGCCAGAGCCACCCCCACAGAGCACCAAGCCAAGUGUGGCUGUCAUGAGGCAGAGACACCUGCAGGAGAGUUUAGAAGAGGCAGGAAGGCUGCAAGGAGAAGAAGACCAGAGUGAAAGAAAGCAUGAAGAGAAGCAGAGAGCGCGAGUGCCAGAGGGACAGCGUUCUCUUCUACUUAAUAAGCCCAGUCUCGAUCUCUCAAGAGACAAGACCUCUCCGGAAAAGGCUGUGACCUCUGCCAAAACCUCACCUGUCAAUAAGGGUGAAGAACCGACCAGUGACCAGAGGAGCUUGCCUCCUGCUCAGCCAAUCAUUGAAGAGGAGGGGACCGCCGAGAAUAAAAGCUCACCAGCAUCUGCCAAGCCGGGGAUAGAAGCAGGAGAUCCUGUCAGUCAAGAUGGGGAAGAAGGUCGUAAUGGAUUUACAGCAACAUCACGUCACACCAGGAAGUCCAACUCGUUUGACAUAGGCAUGGAACGGAACAGCCCCUACGAUCUGGAGAGGCCCUCAGAUCGCAGAUUCCCUGUGAAAAAGCCCUGUUUCCCCCAGUACAGAAACAGAUCCCUGGACUGCCCUGCUGGGACCAGGUUAUGAAAGCCCCCAGCUUGGUAACAGAGAUGCGUUAUGACGUUACCAGUGGAUCAGAAGAAGUUUGCUGGGAAGGACAGACUGGAACAUGGAGGACUGGACAGAGACAAGCUUUUAAAACUGUGUGGACUUAACUGACAAAGCUCCAACAAGCAGCUUUUCUUCCUUUUUAAUUCAUGUAAACAUUUGUUGCUGAAAAUGCAUGUACUGGUAUGCUUUCUGUUUUUAACUGGUUGCACUUGCUAUGGUUUUUCUCAGGCAUAAAGGAAGCUCUGACCUGCAGUACAUAAAGCACACACAGUAGUUAAAUGUUUCUCCAGUAUGCUCAUCAUGAACUGUUUUGUGCAUUUGUGCAAAGUCAUUUAAUAUCGAAAACACUGUCUUCUCAUCCCCCUCCCUGUCUUUUACUGACAAUCUGUGACUACUUAAAGUGAAUUUGUACUGUAUUUAUUCAAAUGGAGAUGUAAAUACCGAAUAUAAAACUGCACUAACCAUUGUGGUAACUACCAGUUAACAAUCAUGUUUUUAUUUGUGAUAAUACAUCAUUUGAUAACUGUGUUUGUAAGUAUGCUUUUUGGUGUAUGCUGACAUUGAUGAUGAUUGAGAAAUGUGUUAUCAUGCACUUAGCACUCCCAUCUCUUCAAGAGUAUUUAAGUCAGCAGUGAAUCCCUUACAGUUUUAAUCUGAUUUUGCAGGCCUGAAAAUGAGUAUAUUUUCUAAAAAUGCUUCUAUGAAUCAGAAUAAAUAAAAUUGACUUCACAAGGAA